AAACCGAUGAAGUGUUUCACUAUCGUUUCAGAUCGAAAAUUUGUACCGCAUGUAACAUACAAAAAGCAAAUAAAGAUCGUGAUGAAUAUAAGAAAUGGUAUACCAAGCACCAACCAAAUUGUGGAAAGAACUAUGAAGGCAGCAGUGACAACAUGGAAGUGUCAAUAAUUACAGAAGAAUUGUGGAAACGGCCGCUUGAUUUCAACAUGCGAUAUAAAUAUAAGGUUUAUGAUGGUGAUUCCGAGGCUGAUACAAGUAUGUGGGAUGUGUAUGGAUGUUGUAAGACUUGUGAAAAAUAUGAAAGAAUGGAUAGACAGAGCAAAGAGUAUGGAAAAUGGGUAAUGUCAAAGGCGUUUGCCAAAUGGAAAAAGGAUCAAGAAGAAGAAAGUGUUGUUUGUCAUCCUGUAAUGAAAUUGGAUUGUUCAGAAAGGACUUGGAACUGCUCUGAGGGGAGUUGAAAAAUUGAAAUUGAAAGAUGGCAAAUCACUGGGUGGGAAUGGUCACAGACUGUCUGAUAAAAAAGUAUUGAUAAACUGCAAGAGUACUACGGUAAAGCCGGCCGAUUCGAGUCUCUCGCAGGGUAAAGCAAGGGGAUCCCAUGUCACCUAUUAAAUGCUGUUAUUGAUUAGGCGCUGUUUGACCUGGAAUCCGUCAAUCGGAAUUGAUAUCGGGGGAACGAAGCUGAACCAUACACCUAGAUUUUGUCUACGAUAUCGCGAUCCUGUCAAGAGCGCCGAUGGGAGCGGCAAAUCGGCGUCCUUUGGGAUUGAUGUCGACGGUAAACGGAAAUUAUGGAUCGUGAACACACAGUCGUACUUAGUAGUAAAUGGGGAAGUUACUCCAGCAAUGUCUGAGGUUGAAACCUACCAAUUUCUCGGCGGGAAAUGCAAGUUUCGGGGAGUACGCACGGAUAUUCAUGUGGACUUAGCAGGAGGAGGGGUGGGGGAGGGGUUGACGGAAAGCCACAAAACAUUUUUUUAUAGUUUAUCUAGGAUAUUCAUGUGGACUUAGGGGGGGGGGGGGAUUGACGGAAAGCCACAAAACAUUUUUUAUAGUUUAUAUAGACAGCUUUGUUAGUUUUUUGACAAUUUUUUUUUUACCGAAACCGACAUUUUCCCUUUACUCCCACGCCACCAUCGGGAACGUUUGAAGUACAUCUUUUAUUUUUUUUACUUUUACUUCUAUUUUUUAUGGAAGUCAUUCAAAUGAUAAUGUAUAAAGAAAAAUUAUUUACAUCAGCAUAGGACGAAACGAAAUUCAAGGUGGAUUAGGUAAAAUUUUAAAUAAAUAAAUUGAAACUCUGUAGUACUUUUUAUAGAACUCUUGGGUUGCCCAACUGUACGAAAAAUUUCGAAACGAGCGACGACGACUAACAGAAGAGCCGGAAGUUGUGCACUAAAGGAACAAAAGAAUUGCCUCACCAGUCACCUCGAAAAUUCCGAAAAGGCUCAGAGGAGUGAACUGAUUUGGGAUCCCAACUUCCCAGAAGGUGAAGACGAUUCAUCGAUUAAGCUGCACAAGGAAUUUCUGAAAGCUGAGUGAAAAAAAAGAGCACAUGACGAGGAAAAAAAUGCGCAAAGAAUGCUUGUAACUUUCCCAGACAGGAGACGGAUGGUUAAUGAAAGAAAAAGCGUAAAAGAAAUCAGAGAGGAUAUACCCAGCAUGGUUUUGAGAGUCAGAGGUAAGAUAUAUGGUGAAUUUGAAGUCGUCCAUAUUUUGUACUGCAUUAUUAUAAUCUAGUUAUUUGAUUUUUGUAUUAUUUCAUGUGAUAUUUUGGUUAAAGAUGAGUGCAAACCUUUCUUUUGGAUACCGCUCCAUGUAUGCAAAAAGCAACAUCUAUAUAUAGUGCCUCUCCAUGUUUUACAACAUUUUUAUUACAAUCGAUCACAUCUAGUUGCCGUUGUCCAUGUUCAGUUAUGUGGGUAUACCGUAUGACGUCUUAAUAAGGUGUACACGUCAUAUAACUUGACUCAACUAGGCUCUAUAGGCUUGUAUACCGAACGUUUUCUAGGCAUCUCCAUGCUUUGAAACGCAAUUGUAAAUGGGAAAUUGUAAAUGGGAAAUUGUAAAUGUUGACCUUUUCAAAUCACUAUAUACAUCAAAACUGGUUUUCACGUGUUUCUUCGGACACAGCGACAUAUGGUUAUGGCUUGAAGGAAUUGCGUCAUGCAUUGGCGUCAUCUGUGCGUCUGUGCUCUAUGACAGAUCAUGGCUAUAGCUCUAUAUCAAUUGAAAUUAUGGCUGCUUCAUUUCAUGAAAUAGGUUAUAACGGUCUGUUUUAUCUUUUUGGAGAUCAUUACAGAGUUUCAGAGACUUCUUAUGAUCCACACAAAUGUUCUGCAGUCAUUCAAACACAACAUUAG